CGCAUCUUCACCACCGUCAUCAUCAUCAUCACGACCAGCAUGGCCCCUUCUUCGUCAGCAUCAGCGUCGGGAUCAAGAGCGUCUUCGAGUAGAGCUACGGGAAAGCGGGUGCAGAAGGGGGCCGAUGCCGCAGCGACAACAGGAAAGGGUCAGGAGCAGACGGCCGAGGCUGCGGUUCUGCCGAUGGGCAAGUUGCUUGCUUCGACGGCGCACAAGAGACGCAGCCGUUCGCUCCCUGGCCUCCUUCUUGGCCCAAACGGGAGACCAGCCCAUAUCUAGACUCGAGAUGGCCAAAUUGUGGAAAGGGAUCUUCUACUGCUUCUGGAUGUCAGACAAACCCCUUGUUCAGCAAGCACUCGCACAGGAGUUGGCCGACCUUGUUCUGACCGUCCCAGGUACAUCCCGCGUGCCUGCUCCGGCCGUCGCUGGCUUCGAGGGCUCAGCGGGUGAGAUCCCCAUGCGUGUACGAGGUGGCUUGGCCAUGCUGGAAGGGUUCUGGGAUGCCAUGGCUCGGGAGUGGAGUGGACUAGACAAGUGGCGGAUCAACAAGUUCUAUCUCCUCCUCCGUCGCUUCAUCAACGCAGCUUUCCGCCUCCUGGCGCGUGAUGCAUGGGACCCCGCCUCUGUGGAGCACUUUGGACGCCUACUGGUCAAGUCGGAAGGCGGAGGGCCAUUGUGUGCCAAUGACCCGAAGGUGCCGGAUAGCUUGACGUACCAUUUGACGGAUGUAUAUUUGGAGGAAUUGGAAAGAGCACUGGGCAGUGCGAGUGAGGAUGAGAAGGAGGAUGGGGAGGAAAGCAGCGAGGCGAGCUUCUCCCUCACUGCCCUUCUUCAACCGAUGGCGAGGACGGUGGCUACUUGUCAUUCGUCUACGGUAUACGACAAGAUUAUGGACAACGUUCUGCAACCUCUGCUGGACGAUUGCCUGGUCGCAGCAGCUAGCCAGGACGAAGGCGACGAUGACGAAGGAGGGAGAAGCGCCAAGAGACGCAAGACCGACGCUGAGGAGGAAGAGGAGGAGAACGAUGUCACCUACCCUCAAAUUCUCUCUGCAGCGCGCAAGACAGGCCAAUCACCACUCGCGCUGCGCAAGGCUGUGUAUCAAUUGCUCUUCGAGGCAGCUAGUCGGGCGGACGCGUUGCCGCAGAGGAGAAGAAGGCUGUAUGCCCUGUGCCAGAAGGAGAGAGAGAGGCGCGAGGAGGAAGAGGACGAGGAGGAUGACGAGUAGAUAUCUGAGGCACAAUUUAUUGUCACUCGCUGUACCUCUUUGCGGGUCAAUUGAAACCUCGUCACCUGCUUCAAAGGCUUGAGAGGCC